GCGUCGUGCAUGGACCGUCAUACCAGUCGUCUACAUUGACCUUUUCUGUCCUUCAACACGGGGGAAUUGAGCGAAGAAAUUUUUCGGUGAAUGCGCUACGCUACACAGGAACGAAAUCUCUUUGAGUUUUUUUCUGCUUCUUUCUUCGUCAGUUAAUUCACGACUCCGUAUCGGACGAAACGGCAAAAAGUCAUCAUUGCAGCAAGAGCACCCAUCCUCGCACAAAACAAAUAAAUAAAUAGCAAAAGCAAUCACAUUUAAUGAUUUUUUUUCCUUUUCUAACAUCAACACACUUUUCACUUGCAUGUGCAAAAAAUAACAACGACUCGAAAAGUGAAGCAAAAAAAUUUUCCUGACAUAAAAAAAGUUUAUCAAACGCAAAAAAAAAGUGAAUUAAAAUAAAAAAGAAAAAAAUAAUAAUAAAAGUGUUGUGCAAUCCAGUUAAUUUUAGAAAUACCAAAAGAGAAAAAAAAUUGAAUGUGUGAAAAUUGCAGCCAAAGUCAUUUAUAUAACACAUCCAGUAGCCUCAUAAAAUCAACAAAAAAAAAUCCCACUGAAAAAAAUAAAUAAAAUAAAAAAAUAAGCAAUCAUCAAUAUUUUUUUUCGAGAAUUUUUUGUUUCGAGAACAAACAAACAAAAAAUUUUAAACGAGAAAAGCGAAAAUAUAAAAUAGAAUCAAAACGACUGCUUUUAUUUUUGGAUUACUUGACGUAAUAAAACGAUAAUGUGGUUGUCGUCCAUCAACAACAUCCAUAUUCCGUUUCACAAGUAGUCAAUACAAAAAAAACAGUUGUUCAACGACCAUCAUCUAUAUUUUAAGUUUUUUUUCUGUUUCGCGUUGAAAAGUAGCGCAAAAAUUUCGUUCUUGUAACGGCACAGUUUCCAUGAAUGGUCCUGGUGACAUCCCAGAUCCAACAGAGCGAAAUCCUUGUGGAAUAACGUCCUUUAUUCCAUUAGGCAUGUCUUGUCGCGGGAGAGCGGAAGCCUUUGCCCGCAGUUUGCAAUCGAGAUUACGUACGUUAGGAACACAGGAGGAUAAUGAUGCUUUGCAGCAAGAUGGCGCCGAACAAUCAGAAAAUACGUGGUUAACGCCGCAAGAGACGCCCAUCCAGAGUCUCCAGCCGUUGCGAAAUAACGAAGCGGCGGAUGCAUUUUUCGACUUUGACCUUGAACCCGAGAGUCCCGGCAGUCCCAUUGACGAGUGCGAGUACACGAGACUGAUAGAAAGUGCAACUCACACGCCGCACGAGCCAAAUACGGCGCAACACAGCAGCAAUAGUAGCAGCGAAAACCCCGAAAAUGCGGCAGAAGGUGAAAAAUUGCCCGAUUUGACGGAGGAACGUGCUCACGGAACGGAAUCAGGGUAUGUAUGCGCUUCACCGUGCUCUUCAACGCAUGGCAGUAGUAAUGAUGGCAGUCAAUUCAGCAGUCACAACAGCUCGGAAAUCCAAUAUUACGAUCCGGCGGAAAGUUCAGCGGAUUCCACGAGUGCCACAUUCUACGAUUGCAUCGAAAGUCGCAAAGGAGACAAAUUUCCGUCGCAAUCUAUGCCGCAUAACACGUCUUUGGAGUCCCCCAUAUCGCCUGCGAAGGAAAAUUCUUUGCCAAACGGACAUGUUCAUGCAAUUUUGCUCGAUAGUGACAGUUGUUCGGAAAGUUUGCCGCCGUCGCAAAGCACAACAGACUCGAAUCACACGUACACGGCGCUAAGUUCGACUUCUGCCUCCAACAGUACCCUCCAGGACGAAAAUGUACCCGAACUACAGACUGAAGACAAAGUUGCCGAACAAACGGAUGUCAACGAUAACACGCUGGAGUCCAAAAAUGACGUUGAUGUUGUCGACAAAGGCAUUGCUGUGGUCGUUGAACAAGCGUCGCCCAUCCAAACGGAAGCCGAAGACGAGGAAAAGCCCAAAAAAGAUGCCAAUCGUCUCGCCUCGAUCACCGAAACUGACGAAGAAGAAGAUUUCGUCGACGACAAACCGCAAAGACUUCGUCGUUGCUCCUCGCUGAAAACCGGAAAAACGCCUCCCGGCACUCCAGGUCGCAAAAAGGGCGUUCGUUUCGCCGACGUGCUCGGACUCGAUCUCGCCGACGUCAAAACGUUCCUCGACCACGAAGUGCCAAAGAUACCAAAGUCUGCCUACGAGGAUCUCGAGGUGCGCGAACACCAAAUUGUCCCGGAAAUUCCGCAAUUUAUGCGUCCCGUCGACAAAAUUCUCGUGCCGUUGUUUCAGCAGCCUGGCGGACUUCCCUGCUUCCUUGAUAAAGUCCGCGAAAAACAAGUUUCUCUCGAAAAUUGCGCCGUCACGGAUCCCGUGAGUCUCACGAUUUGCGGCAUGGUGCGCGUGCGCAAUCUCGACUUUCACAAAUCCGUCUACAUUCGGUACACGCUCGACAACUGGAAGAGUUUCAGCGACAUCCAAGCGAAUUACGUGAAUAACUCGUGCGACGGCUUCAGCGAUAAAUUCUCCUUUACGCUUUUCGGCAAUUCGCUGCAAAUUGGGCAGCGGAUCGAGAUUGCGGUGCGAUUUCAUUGCAAGGGGCAGCAAUUUUGGGAUAAUAAUUACGACUCGAAUUACUGUUUCCAGUGUUUGCCCGUGAAUCAACAGCCCAAACCGCAAGUUGUUAGGCCACCGUUGCACGCGAAUGAAUGUUCAGGAGCGUUCUACUAAAAAAAAAUAAUUUAUUAAAAAAUAUUUAAAAAUCCUUUUUUUAACAAUAAAUUUUCUAGUCAUUAUAUUUUCUUUGAGUUUUCUUCAAAUUUUCAUUUUCUGUAAUAAAUAUUAAAAAAAAUUAAAUAUCUCGAAACAAAAUAUCGAAAAAAAAAAAUCUAAUCUAAAAAAAAGUUUAAAUGUUGAUAGAUUUAGAAAAAAAAAAUAAAGAAAUAUGAAGCAAAUCAAACAAAAUAUACCUCAAAAAUGGACAAUGAAUUGAAUUAGUGUUAAAAAUGAUGACAAACUAGAAAAGUACUGAACGCUUUAACGACUGAUUAAGGGAAAAAAUAUAAAAGAAAAUUUCUGCACACAGUCACAAAAUAUUUUUCUAAAAAAAA